GCAAUGAAUGUAUUCAGUAAGUCUUUGUAUUACAAGCCCAAAAGGUGGUUCAUUUACAAUAACAAACUAUAAGUAACUGUGGUGUUUGCCUAAUCUUGUUGUUUCUCCACUGUGUGACACUUUACAUCCAGCAAAUCUGAGAUGCACUGCAGUGUAAAUAUGCAAUAUGUCAAACUUAUUAAUGCUACUAAAAACCACAAAUAACAACUGUGCAUGUAAAAAAAAAAAAAAAGGUGACAAAGUGUGGGAAAGAACUGAAACUAAAAUUUACUUUACAGGGGGGGGGAAGUGUUUGCCUCAGUGGUACUAAAAUCACCCACAACCUUAAAUACAGUUUAGUUUUUAAGCCAGGCUCAUUGCAAUGGUAGCCCGUAAAGCCAGAGAUGAGUGAGCUCACAUUACCAAUGGCUCAAAAGACACAUCGUUUCUUAACUGCAAAUUAAUAAUAUUAUUUACUUAUACGCAUCAUUACUUUAUAGAAUGUUUUAUGUUCCAUCCUCACACACACAGUCACUCAUGCCUCCUUAUGUUUGUUUUCAUUGUGAGCUGCUUGGAGUGUAAGAACUUGUACUGUCUUUGUCUUGGCAGGUUGAUUGGAUAUAAUUUCAUGUAGUUACAGAAGCAUACUUUGUAGUGAAUGCAACAUAGACACAGCAAAAACAGAUAGGUUGCUAUUUCUCUUCAUGUACUGGCUGACACUUUGCUUGCAUCUCUUUGUUUUGGAAACAGCUCCGGGAAAUGUUAAGCACACAGUUACAAAGAAGAGACACUCAAAAGUGAAAGCCCAGAAAGUGUAUUGCACACAUGGCUCCGAAACGUCAAGCACCUUGCGGGCAACAUGUAUCAGAAACAUUAGACUCGCUUGUUGCCAUGUCAGCCAGUUGUGAUCGCACCUUGUCGAGCACCUUUAGCCUGCUUGUUUCUACAGAAGUUGCUGUGGUAACUUUAGAGUUAUGUAGAUUAACAAACAUUGGUGUUGUCAUUGUUGUUAUUGCUUAUAGCAGAGGAGUCAGGCAGACAAUUUUAUUCCUGGAUUUAUGAAGCUUAAAUGGACAAUAAACAGGAGAGACACAGAACUAGGGUUCCGCCUAAGUGGUUGUCAGUCUGGUGAGGACAGUUUUGACAAGGCUGAGGCAGGAUUACCUAACGGCUGUAUACUGACAAAUAGCUGCAAUAACAGUGAUGCAAUCACAUGUGAACAUAACAUGAGCAGAAUAGUGCGGUGUGGCAGUUUCAGCAAAUUUAAAUAACAUGAUUAUAACUGAUUAUUGGUUGAAUAACAAACAUUACUCAUAUCCACUGGCAUAUUCAUCUGUUAGUGAAUUUCAUGAAUAAAAGGAUGUUUUUGAAUUUAAUGAGUCCUUGCAAAGUGAUGAAUAUAUGUUUUCAUAUAUUGCACAAUGUUUAUGGGAGUAGCUUUAAAGGUUUAAAUUGUGUGUAGCCUAUGUAUGCGCACAUGGGAAAAAAAGCUGCAUUUCAUGUUGCAUGCUUGUGUUUGAUGUAUAAUCGUAGCCAAAAAACAAAAAAACUAAACACGACAAACAGAAAUGUAUCUAUUUUUUGCAUUUUAGUGCUUUCUCCCUAAAAGAUUUCUUCUGACUGAACAACCUCCCUCUGAUUUGGAUUUGGUUAAGCAUCCGUUUGGCUUGCGAGCGCUUACUCAUCUGUAGCAGUCCAGGAAAUGGCUUCCAAACACAAAAUGGGCUACAAGUGUCGGAUAGCAGGAGUGAUGCUGCUCCUCUUGACCAGCAUUGCUGCCCUCAUUGCCGUUGCUGUCAUCCAGGACACUUGGAGGUUUUUAGAAUACAGCAAAGAGUACGGCAUAGUGAUAGACGCUGGCUCAUCUCGUUCCAAUGUGUACCUGUACGAAUGGCCAGGAGCGAAGGAGAACGAAACAGGAAUAGUGACUGAGACAUUAAACUGUAAAGUUGAUGGUAAUGCCAUCUCCGACAUGAAGGUUAACCCCGGGAGCGAUGAUAAGACAAUGGCAGGAUUUAAGAAAUGCAUGGACAUCGUCACUAAAACCAUUCCUCCAACAAAACACAACAGUACGCGCCUGUUUCUCGGCGCUACAGCUGGAAUGAGACUACUACAAAUGAAAGAUGAACAGAGGGCCAAUAAAGUCCUGGCGAAACUCAGACAAUACCUGAGUUCCCUCCCCUUCAUGUUUCAAAAUGCUUCAGUCAUCACUGGGCAGGAAGAAGGGCUUUAUGGCUGGAUCACUGUCAACUACCUAAUGGGAAACUUGGUAGAGAAAAACGUAUGGAAUGCAUACGUACGGCCACAGGGAGCAAAGACUGUGGGCUCCAUGGAUCUUGGCGGAGCAUCAACACAGAUUGCCUUUGCGGUCCAGGAUGAUCUCAAGGGACAAGACUACCUGCGUGUCAAACUGUAUGGUUACCCUUACAAUGUCUACACACACAGUUUCCUCUGCUAUGGCAAAAAUGAAGCUGGGAAGUUGGUUCUGCAGAAAUUAGUCCAGCAAUCAUCUAACCCCAAAAACAUAGCAAACCCCUGCUAUCCUAAAGGUUUCAAUACUACCAAAAAAGCAUCAUCAAUUUUUGAGUCACAGUGUACAAAGAAACCGCAAAACUACGACCCCAUUCAAGAGUUGACCUUCUUUGGUGGUGGCGACUCAGACGGCUGUGGGAAAGUAGUGAAAUCCAUAUUUGAUUUCAAGAACUGCUCCUCGUCUCAGUGUUCCUUCAAUGGGGUGGAGCAGCCACCAGUCACCGGAGAUUUCCUGGCAUACGCUGGAUUCUUCUGGACUGCCUUGGCUCUGCAGUUGAAUGGCACAUCAGACAUUAAUCACUUCAACACCUCAGUUAGGAACUUCUGCCACAAAAACUGGGCAACGCUGAACACACAAGAGAACGUCAAAUUCAUCGAGACCCACUGUUACGCAGGUCACUACGUCUUUACUUUGCUGGCAGAUGGAUACAAAUUCGACACAGACACCUGGAAAAACAUUAACUUUCAACAACAGGUAAAGAAAACUAAUAUAGGCUGGAGUUUGGGCUACAUGCUGAGUAUGUCCAACAUGAUUCCUUCUGAAGUGAAGAAAAUCCCUCCGAUGUCAAACCCCGUCUUUGCCGGCCUCAUCUUCCUGUUUUCGGCACUAACAAUUAUGACUGUUGUCUUAGUUUUCAUCAUCAUCAUUCGCACCUGCUACUGAGAGCGUAGGUUACAGAGGGAAUCACCGGCUAUUGAAAGGCCUGGGAACUGCUGUAAUUCUGCAAGAGGUUCGGAGAAUCCUACAGUUGCAUGUGCCAAGAUGCCUGGACUGGACGUUAACAAUCAAAUGUGUUAUUAUUCAGGUUGAGACAUGAACUAGCUUUUAGUUAAAAACAAAACAAAACUGAAGAGCCUCAAAAUCAAUGCAGUACGUUGUGCUGCCAUCUUUGGGGAUUUUAGCUUCAGAUAAAUUAUGUAAAAGCAGCUUUAAAAAGUAUUAGACCACUCUUCAUUCUCUACCUCAGGGAAUCUUACAAAAAUUAAUGUACUUUUUUAAUUUAGUUGACUGUGCUCAACAAAAUAGUGACAGUGUUUGUCUAAAUAGCACAAAAAUAUAAGAGCAUCCAUCAGUCUCCAUGUGCUUUUUAUUGUUGUGCAUUCCCAAAAUGAGUUGAGUGCCCGCUUUAGACCAGAGCAUGAGUUACUGUUUUUUUAUUUAGUUAUUUUACAUGUUAUAGCACUGAAAAUGGUAGCAAAUGGUUGUACUGUAGCUUCAAUGUAUUGUUUUAUAUUGCCAAACCUUAAGCGCACAACGAUAGCUUUAUUGAAUUAACAUUUCUCUAAUAAAUGAUGCCAUUGUCUCAUUAUUUUCAUAUCAGUUUAAAAGUUUAUUUACAUACAACCUACUUAACUAAUUUUGGUCAUCACAGAAAGUCAUUCAGUGCUACAGCAGUUCUACGUGCUUCUCUUGUUUUAACUAAAUGCAUCAUAGUCGUAUAUUGCUGCAGUGAGUUAUAAAAGGCUUGCAUUCUGAGCAAAGUACUGUUGGAUAGUCGUACACAAGUGGUUCAUUCAGUUGUAUAAAUGGAGCAGUUUGGGGGAAAAAAAAAUUAAGCCCUGUUAGCAAUGACUCCAUUAGUGGUGUAGCACAUGGAUGGAUGGAUGGACUUUGUUUUUACAUCCUGCUGAUCCAGCUGGUAGAUGAAACUGGCAACUGUUACAAAGUAAUAUUUUGGUACUUUCCUCGUUAUUUAUUAUUUCUUUAUAAAGAAAAAAUAAUGAAUAAAAAUAAAGAUUUCAUGCCAGUAAUUUGUUCACAGGGACAGCAAGUAUGAUGUAUGACUAAACUGCAUGAAUAAAACUGUCUCUUGACAUUUUGUUGUCAUUGCACUGGA